AUUAGAUUUGAUGUUUUUGUUGUUGCUGUGCUGUCAUGGCGUAAUUUUCGUUGUUCUGCUUAGAAAACACAUACAUAUAUUAAAAAAUCAAAAUUCCUGACUAAUUCUUAAAAAACAAAUAAGAAAGUGUAAAUAAAGAGUGCUAAGCUAAAGGUGAUCCAUUAUAUUAUUGUCUAUUUGAACAAAAAGUUCAGAUAGCAUAAAAUGAGUGAAUUCUUUAAAUCGGCAAUGGGCUAUUUUAAUACAGCCCCAAAUGCCAACGUUAUUGGAGAUACUGUGAAUAGUAACCCUGGUACUGGUACUCCAGUAGCAAAUAUAACGACAAACGAGUUUUGUGGGCAAAUUGUUGAAGUGGCAGGACAUAAACUACGCGUGAAGCGGGUUAUAGCAGAAGGCGGAUUUGCAUUUGUAUAUGUGGCGCAAGAUGUGCAGACUGGUAAAGAAUACGCCCUCAAGCGUCUCAUAGGAACUGAUAAGCAAGCUUGCAAUGCCAUUAUUAACGAAAUUAACACACAUAAACAACUUUCUGGACACCCAAAUAUUGUUGCAUUUGUUGGUGCAGCAUUUAUAGACAAAACUACAGGACCUCAACAGCGCGCAGAAUAUUUACUACUAACGGAACUUUGCAAUGGUGGUUCUCUAAUUGACUGUCUGAAUGUAUCAUUCGAUCCAGCUUUAGUUUUGCGCAUUUUUUAUCAAGCAUCACGUGCUGUGGCACAUAUGCACACACAGGCGCCACCCAUAAGUCAUCGGGAUAUUAAGAUUGAGAACUUUCUUAUCAGCAACGAUAAACAACUAAAACUAUGUGAUUUUGGUUCAGCCACUAAGGAAACAUAUGCGCCAACCAUUGAUUGGGGAGCAAAACAACGUAAUUUACUUGAGGAUCAGUUAAGUUCUGUUACGACACCCAUGUAUCGCGCACCCGAAAUGCUAGACACCUGGUCCAAUUACGAAAUUGGUAUAAAAGUUGAUAUCUGGGCUUUGGGAUGCAUUCUAUAUGCUUUAUGUUUUCAAAAACAUCCUUUUGAAGAUUCCGCAAAACUGCGUAUUGUAAAUGGAAAUUAUAUUCUGCCUACUGAUUCUCGUUUUCAAUGUUUUCAUGAAGUUAUCAAAGGUUGUCUGAAUGUAAAUCCAGCGCAUCGCUUUAAUAUAUCGAUGGUGCUAGAACGUUUGGCUGCUAUUUCUGAAACGAAAAAUUGGUCGCUCAAAGGUGCUCUUGAAUUGCAGGGGAAACCCAUAGAAUCUCCACAGUCCAGAAGUCCGGUAAACGGCACAAAUCCUGCAAAUAUUAGUGGUGGUAGUGCUUCAAGACCUCCUCCAAAUACAUCUAAAGUGGUUGAAGGAAGUAGCAAAUCUAGUUUCUAUAUGGAUGAUCCUACAGAUGCGCAGCCACAAUCGCAACCGGCUAAUAAUCCUGCAAGCAUGCAUCCAGCUGGUAAUGCCAGCAGCACAUCAAAUACUAGUUUGUUCUCGUCAUUACGUGGUGGUGCUGGUAGUUUUCUGAAAAAUCUUAAGGACACCUCAUCAAAGGUAAUGCAAACAAUGCAGCAAACUAUAGCGCGUACGGAUUUAGACAUCAGUUACAUAACUUCACGUGUUUUGGUGAUGCCUUGUCCAUCGGAGGGCUUCGAAUCGGCCUACAAAACUAAUAACAUCGAAGAUGUACGUUUAUCCAUUGAAAGUCGGUUUCCACCGCAAAAAGUGAGCAUUUACAAUUUUGGCCCCAGCAACUGUCCACGUUUACCACCGCCAGUGCGCACUGUCGAAGUCGGUUCAAUAUAUGCUUGUCCGCAAGCGCAUUCGCCCAGUUUGCAAGGCAUAUAUUCGGUUGUUGAAGACAUGUAUGGAUUCUUAAAAGCCGAUCCUAAAUCGAUAGUUAUUGUACAAACGAGCGACUCAGGCGGUUGUUCCGCCGCUACAAUAGCUGCCGCACUACUUAUGUAUGCAAACUUAAUUAACGAGCCCGAGGAUGCGGUUCAAGUGUUUGCUGUAAAGCGACACCCAAUCAAUCUGAGACCAUCCGAGUUCCGUUACUUAUAUUAUUUUGGCGAUAUCUUGCGUCCAACACCACUGUUACCACAUUACAAAAGUAUCAACUUGGUUUCAUUGAGCUGCCAGCCAGUGCCACGCAUGACAAAAGCCCGAGAUGGUUGUCGGAUUUACAUGGAAGUCUACUGCAAUGACCGACUCUUGCUAAGCACUUUGCAGGAUUAUGAGAAAUUGAGGUUAUAUAUGUCCGGACCUGGCAAAAUCACACUGCCCAUUAAUCUAACAGUCUGCGGCGAUCUGAUAAUCGUGCUUUAUCAUGCACGCAACGCGCUCAAGGGUAUGGUGCGUCCACAGAGUUUGAAGAUAGGGCAAUUUCAAAUAAAUACUGGUUUCAUACCGGAACAAGAAACAUUGAUCACAUUUUCAUCGCACGAUUUGGAUGACUUGCCUGAUGCCGAUCAGGUGCCACCCGAUUUCUCUGUUUCGCUUUCACUGACUUUCACGGACAACGAAUGCCCGCCAAGCAGAAAUCCCCCUUGGGUACCAGCCAAACCCAAACGCAACGCACAACAUCUCUUCAGUUCACAGCUGGAGUUCGAAGAAAUGGUGGAUAAUUUUGUAACGAAGCCAACUUCCAAUCAACAAGUGCCACCCCCAAGACCGCAACUUGCAACGCAAACUGUACAAAAACCAGUACGUCCCAAUACGCCGCCUAUUUUACCGGAUGUUACUGAAAUACGUCACGAGUAUGUGCAACGUGUCCAACCGGAACCAUCGCCACCAAUAGAUUUGCUUAAUCUGAAUCAGCCGCAACCACAGCUGCCGGCGCAAGAUCCUCAGGCAACAGCUAUGCCGUCAAGCGAUGCCAGUUUUGAUUUACUUGGUGCAUUUGGUGAUGACACCUCAUCUGGUAUUGGCUCUGCACCCAUUCCUGAUAUCUUAGAAAACAAUGUGCAGCCCACUUCAACUGCCGAUUUAGAUGAUAUAUUCGGCUCGGUUGCCGCAACGGCACCAAAAAUAAGUGUGGAAUUCAAUAGCUUUGGCGGAGGAGCACAGUCGCCACUCGCCGAUACCGACGCAACAGCUGCCGCAAACACGUCCAGACCUAAAGUAACACCAACCGCGGCAACGGGCGCCUUCUUCGGUUCAGUACCAACGUUCAACACGAACAACAGCAAGGAACCGUCACCACAAAACUCAAAAGAUCCAUUUGCUGACAUUGCCAAUUUGGCCUCCGGUCUCAAUAUCAACUUUAAUCCGCACACGCUAGGCAGUAAAUCAACAGGUGCUACACCAAUCGGUACCAGUCCUUAUACCACACAAUUCUCUAGCCCAACACACAAUACAAACAGCGUCCGAACACCACAGCCGUCGCAACCAACAACCACAGCCUCACCGAAUCACAUGAAAUCACCAAGUGGCGUUGGUAAUUUUGGUGCGUCAUUUACAAGUGGCGCAGCAUUCUCCACACCUUCGGGUCAAAAUUCGAACCGCCCGUCGCCACAACCCACUGCAGCUGCGGCAGGCGCAAAUAUGCAAUCGAACCGGCCCGAUUAUAGUCGCUCCAACUUCGACACUUCGAAACCCGCACAAGGCGCUGGUCCACAAACUAAAAAUGCUGACAUUUUUGCCGACAUACUGGGUGAACAAGGUUAUAAAUUUGGUAGCAAAAUGAAUCAAGGACCUCGCUCCAUUAACGAAAUGCGUAAGGAAGAUCUUAUAAAGGAAAUGGAUCCGGAAAAGGUUAAAAUUAUGGAAUGGACUGAAGGCAAGAAGAGCAACAUACGUGCGCUGCUUUGUUCCAUGCACACGGUGCUUUGGACUGACGCAAAAUGGACCAAGUGUGAGAUGUCUACACUCAUAACGCCAGCCGAUGUGAAAAAGUCUUAUCGGCGCGCCUGCCUUGCAGUACAUCCGGAUAAGCAUAACGGCACGGAACAUGAGAGUAUAGCUAAAUUAAUAUUUAUGGAGUUGAACAACGCAUGGACUGACUUUGAGAAUGAUGCCACACAGCAAAAUUUAUUCAACACGUAAAAUGCAUAAUGCAAAUUCAUUGUCAUCAAGGCUCGGCAAGCAAAUCAAUUCUUAGUUAAUAUAAAGAAAUUUCAUAGAAAUUUUUAAUUUACAAUUGAGUAUAAAUAUUUCCUUGAACUAGUUUUUAAAUGACUGGUAUACAUACAUGCAUAUACACAUACAUAUAUUUAAAUGAAUAGGAAUCUUUAAUUAUAAGUUUCGAGUAAUAAUCUUAUACCAAUUGUAUUCAUAUACAUAUAUUUUGCAACAAGAAUUCUAAAAACUAAUAGCCAAUGUUUAUUUUUCAAAUGGUCUGAACAAUUUACUUAAUUUCUCUACUAAGAAAAUGCCUUAAAUAGUUACUAUUGUUAUGAAAUUAUUAUUUCACUUUUGAUUUCAAAUCAAAUGGUUAAACUACUCAAAACUAGUGCUACUGAAAAGUUUAAAAAAAAAAAACUCAUUUAUUUUAAAAUUGUGAUUUGCACAAAAAAACAUUGUAUAAAAGAAAUAUUUUUAAUUUUGUCAAACUGCUUAAAGAAAACAGUGAGAGUGAGAAAACCGGGUAACCAUAUGUAUUUGUUGGAAAAAAAAAAUUUUUUAAAUAUAUAAUUCAUUUACAUAAACGAAUUGGUAUUGUAUGUAAAAUGAAUUUUUUAUUUUUAAUAAUUGAAAAACUUGUUUUUUUUUUUAAUUUAGUAAUUUUCGCUUUAAAUGUGAAAUGAUAUGUGUUAAUACUUUUUGAAUGAAAGAGGAGUGUACUUUAAAUAUUUGACGCUUUUGGAACAACUGAAACCAGUUAAAAGUGUUAACAAGACAUAAUUGACUUUUUUGACACUUUUUUAAAAUCAGUUUGUGAGCAAUUAUACCGUUAAGCAGUGCGACUAAAACCUGUAAGCGAUUAUCUCGCCUUCAUUUAUAAAACGCAAAAUCAUUUGAUUUAUUUAUAACAGCUGAAUUCGUGAUGUGGUCAACAUUUGCGACCACAAAAAUAAUUAAAAUAUUUGCAAAUGCAUAAGUUAUUGGUAAUUGUACGGUUAUAUAUACUUAUAUAUAAUUAAAUUUAAGUUUUUUCUUCCGUACAAUAACUGAAUAUAUGAAAUAUAAAUUACUAGUAUUUUUUUUUUUUAAUUAAAUAAGUAUUAAAUACAAAUACAUAAAUAGGCUAGCGCUUUAUAUACUUUAAAUUUAAUGCAAUCAAAAAAUCUAAGUGCACCAUUCCAAAAUAAUUACAUAUUCAAUAUAGGAAUGAAAACGUUGCAUAUUUUGUCCGUGUGCAAUUUGAAGUCUCUUAUUAUAUUAUAGCAACAUACCUUAAUAAGAACUUUCCUAUAUUUUUACUAUUACUUAUAUUUACAUAAAAUCUGCAUACAAAAACGGAAGUGAUGAAAACGUAUCCAAUUAUUUACAAAGAAAUAAGGAAAAGAGGAAAAAGUUCAAAUACAUAAUAUACGUAAUGUAUGUAUGUAAAUUUUAUUGAACAUUUAUGGUGACUGCUCACAAAAUAGCCAAUGCUCAGACACCCAUAUUUAUGUAUGUAGGAUAGUUAGCAUAAGUGUGAAGAAAGAAAAUGCACAUUUAUAAGUUGUAAAUGGCAAAUGCAAUCAUAUUAACUUGCUGCAUACAUAUUACAUAUUUUUGUGGAGUUGUAUUAAAUGAAAAAUGUAUAAAAUAAAAUAAAAAACUGGAAAAAUCGUAUAUUGUUGAUAUUUCAUUACCCAUAUUUAUGACAUAGAACAUAAAAUAUUACCCAUGUGUCUUCGAAAGGACCGCCAGGAUCAAGAUCGGUUAUAAAAAUUGAACUAAAACUCAACUAAAGUUGUUAAUAGUUAUCGUUCUGAAUGUGAUUAAAUCGAUGACCCUUGUCAUUUCUCAAGGAAGGAAAGUAGCCGAAUUUAUAGUGAUUUCUGAACACAUGAAUGACGACAAGCGACGAGCAACAUCUGUCAAAUAUUAAAAUAUACGCGGGGCAUAAAACAUGCCUCAAAUAUUAUUGACGAAUGCUGCCGAUUUAACUGUCCUUGACCGGAUAAGCAUCCGGGUCCGUUCCUGUUACGUAAAACCGACUGUCGGGGAACGGUAUACGACUGCCUAUCGGCAAAAGUUACUUGCGAGACUUUUAACAUACAUACAUACAUAUAUUUUAUGAAUUUUGAAAUAAAUUUGUGUAUAUGGAUACAAAUUUACUACAAUUUCCUAUAUCCUAUAUCUAUGCCUAAUUAAAUUACAAGUUUUAAGCUGAAGGCCCAUGCUCCCCAGCAGGACAGGCAUAGUAUUCUUAAUCUUUUUGCUAAAAAAAUAAUAAAUAAAUAAACAAUGUCAAGUAGUUUUGGUGAGUGGUGCCGAGUUAACAGAUUCGCAUAUAAAUUCGGAUAUGGUCCGGUUCCGUAGACACUACUACAGUAUACAAUCUAUCUUCAGGGCUAUCGAGCUCGCCGGAACAGCUGAUACGUCACCAACUCAGGAGCUGUCAAAUAACUUAAGGUAUUUUACAUAAAUAACAAAUCAAAGGUCUGUUGUUUCAAUAUAAUAGAACAAUGAAAUAUAUAGAAGUGGGUUUAUCUCAGUGUUAUAAAUAUGAAAAUACUGUAAAAUUUUAAUAUUUAGUCAUAUAUGUAUACAACUCCUAAUUCAUUAUCGAAAAUGUUCGUAAAGGGUAUACUAUUUUGUAAAUAAACAUAUUAUUUAGCCAAUGUUGUCGCUCUAUGCAAAGAAGACUUUAUCAAAGUUUUCCACCUUUGUCGCUUUGCAGUUGCCAGGGAUGCAAUCGAUAGUAUGAGAGUAAACUAUUAAUUUUUGCUCGUGCAUACAUUACAUUUUUACUUCAAUUUACUUCAUUUUAAUAAUUUUUAUAUCAAAAAUAAUAUUAGAAAACUUUGUAAAAUUGCAUAAUUUGUGCUUAAAUUUCACUUUUAACUGAUUUUAAAAGCAACAUAAGAACUGGAGAUGAGAAACAGCCGCUUGCAACUACGCGCGACAUUUUCGUACCAUUUGUACAAUUCGCAAAUACUCCACUUUUAACGCUCCGUUGCAUAUUACUAUUGUAACAAGAAAGACAGUUUAGUAGUCUUGGGGUGUUCUUCUUCAAGGCAAGUUUUAUUAUUGGGAAAAUGGCGAUAGGACUCAAAUCGUUAAGAACUAUUGCGGACAUCUCGUGUAUUAUUGAUAAAGAAAAAGAGUAAAUUUCGAAUAUUUUUAAAGUGGAAAGUGAUAAAUAAAUGUUGUAAUUGUGAUUUGGACAAAUCUAAAUAUGGAAAAUCUCGUUAA